GGGGCCCGGGAGGAAGCGGCGGCGGGGCCGAUGCGGGCGGCGGCGGCGGGGCCGGGGGCGCGCCCGGGCGCGGCGACAGCGACAGCGACAGCGGGCAGCGGCACCUGGCUCCUGCUGCUGGCGGCGGCGCUGGCCCUGCUCCUCUCGCUGGUGGUGCGGCAGCUGCUGAAGCAGCGGCGGCCGCCCGGCUUCCCUCCCGGCCCCGCGGGGCUGCCGCUGCUCGGCAACAUCCCAGCGCUGGGCGCCGAGCAGCCGCACGUCUACCUGCGGCGGCAGAGCCAGAUCCACGGGCAGAUCUUUAGCCUUGAUCUCGGGGGUAUAUCUGCUGUUGUGCUGAAUGGCUAUGAUGCAGUGAAGGAAUGCCUCGUCCAUCAGAGUGAAAUUUUUGCAGACAGGCCAUCUCUUCCCUUGUUCAAGAAGCUGACAAACAUGGGAGGCUUACUGAACAGUAAAUAUGGCAGAGGAUGGACAGAACACCGCAAAUUAGCUGUAAAUACCUUUCGAAUUUUUGGAUAUGGUCAAAGGUCCUUUGAACACAAAAUUUCAGAAGAAUCUCUGUUUUUUCUUGAUGCCAUUGAUACAUACAAAGGCAGGCCCUUUGAUCUUAAGCACUUGAUAACAAAUGCUGUUUCAAACAUUACUAAUUUGAUUAUUUUUGGAGAACGUUUCACAUACGAAGAUACUGAAUUUCAGCACAUGAUUGAGAUUUUUAGUGAAAACAUUGAAUUAGCUGCUAGUGCUUCUGUAUUUUUAUAUAAUGCUUUUCCUUGGAUUGGUAUCUUGCCAUUUGGGAAACACCAGCAGCUGUUUAAAAAUGCAGCUGAAGUCUAUGAGUUUCUUCAUGAGCUUAUUGAACGUGUCUCUGAAAAUAGGAAGCCUCAGUCACCUCGACAUUUCGUAGAUGCAUAUUUAGAUGAGAUGGACUGCAAUGGAAAUGACCCAGAAUCUACAUAUUCAAGAGAAAAUCUAAUUUUCUCUGUUGGAGAACUCAUCAUAGCUGGGACAGAAACCACAACAAAUGUUUUAAGAUGGGCAGUGUUAUUUAUGGCUCUUUAUCCAAAUAUUCAAGGGCAAGUUCAAAAAGAAAUCGAUCUUGUCAUUGGCCCGAACAAAAUGCCCACCUUGGAAGAGAAGUGCAAGAUGCCCUACACUGAGGCUGUUCUCCACGAGGUCCUGAGGUUCUGUAACAUAGUCCCUCUAGGGAUUUUCCAUGCCACUUCCAAAGACACUGUUGUGCGUGGUUACACGAUUCCUGGAGGCACCACGGUCAUCACAAACCUCUACUCUGUUCACUUUGAUGAAAAAUACUGGAGCAAUCCAGAGGUGUUUUUCCCUGAGAGGUUUUUGGACAGUAAUGGGCAGUUUGUCAAGAAAGAUGCAUUUAUUCCUUUUUCCCUAGGAAGAAGGCAUUGUCUUGGAGAACAGCUGGCUCGAAUGGAAAUGUUUCUGUUUUUCACCUCCUUGCUACAGCGGUUUCACCUGCAUUUUCCUCAUGGGGUGAUCCCAGAGCUCAAGCCGAGAUUUGGGAUGACCUUACAGCCACAGCCGUACCUCGUCUGCGCCGAAAGGCGGUGAAUGGCAGGGCUGAGAUGGGCAGGGCGAGCACAGUGCUCCCACCUACGGCUCAGGAUCCACUUUGCCUUCUAUUCCUAAACGUGUUCAAGCCAGAAAAACAAAGAUUUAAAGGACUAAUAGUUUCUCUUUUACUUGGUUUUCACAGAAAAAAAAAAAAAAGAAACGCGAACCAAAAGUGUGGAACACAUCCUGUGUGAAAGUGAUGUUUUCACUCCAGAAGACUAUAUUGAAUCUAACUUCUGAUACAGGUUUUAAAUAUUUAAUUACUUAGGAAGACAUUUUACUUUGAGAGGACACUUUCAUAAGCAUGGAGAAUAUGGUUCAAAAUGUUUAUGCUUGAAUUCAUCCAUGAAAAUAUCAUUUACAUUAUUCCAGCUAAGCCGUUCUUUAUAAUAAUCCAUUAAAUUUGCAUAGCUAAAAGGGCUUUAAAAGGUGUCUAAUUAAAUAUCUGUAACCAAGAAUGAGCUAUAUUUUCCAGCCUUGAAAAAACAAAUUGUCUUUAAAGCAUUUUUAUUCUUCUUUCUCCUUUCCCUGUCUUCCCAGUUUUUCAUAAUUUUCUAGUGAAGCAGAUAACCGUGAAUUCAGUUUUGAGAUCUUUUUUGUCUUGCUUCUCACUUAGCAUCAUACACAAAGUGUUCAAUUAUUGCCAUACUCCUGACAAUCACAGGGUUUUUUUUCUCCAGUAUAUUUCAUUUCCAGAUACCUGUCUUCCACUGCCUCCCAAUACAAAGUACUGUGUAAUGAUUAAUCUCUGCUUAAAUAGUCUGAAAAAGCCAGUAUUUGUGUUACCAGAGUCACAUGCAACUAUACUACGAGUAAAGAAAAUAGACUGCUCGCCCUUCUGACCAGAGGAGAGACCUUUUGAGGAGGGCAAGUGCAAUAGGAUGGGGAAAAACAGAUUUUAAAUGAAUUUUAAGCACAAAUUUUAGGUGUAAGGGCUACACCUCUGCCACCUUCAUUUAUUAUUCUUGCCAGCUCUUGCUUUGUGGUUAUUGGUAGAUUAAGCCUUGUGUCUGCAGACUUUGCAGGAGCAGCUGAACUCCAAACACAGUAUUCAGAAUUUAGGAGAGAGGGCCUCAGGACAGGGUUCAGAACAAAACAAGCAGCUAUUUGAGGACAGGGCUGAGUGUUUGACCUGGCUUUUUACACAGACAGUGUUGCAACUUGGAGCUGCAGGAAAGCUGAAAGGCAGGAACUGGUGUUCAUCUGCUGACCUGAUAUUUUCAGCUCAUACUGAGGAGAAAUACUUCCUUUCUUUUGAAAGAGCAAAAGAGAAAAAGCAAAGAGAGCUAACACCAGUCCACUCACGUAACAGCCUGUUGACUUCAGAUGCAGCAGGUCCGGAUUAUUUUACCCACAAGUCUCACAGAGAGCAGCUCUAACACAAGUUCCUGUUUCUCUAAAGAGAGGCUGGGCAGGCUGCUCCACUUCCUGAGAAAGUGCCUUUUGUGGAGAAGAUUUAAAACUCAAAAAAGAGAGGAAGGAGGCAAACCUGAUUGCUGUGCAUUGGGCACAGCAUGAAAACUGAAUAAACUCCUAAGCCAUUGGCAAGCAGUGGGGUUAGGAGUCAUGAUCAAGGUUUCUCUGGGUACCAAGCAGAUGUUGUGUGCUUGUGAAAUGCCCAAGGAGGAGUUGUGGAAUCUGCUGAGCUCAGGUGCCUUCAGUAUGAGGCAGCCCCGAGGAGCUCAGCACUGGUUUUGGACUCAUGGCAAUUCUUCCUGCUCCCACCCCUGUGCUCUUAGAGCAGACAUCAGAGUUUGUUCAGUACCUGGUCUUGCUUUCUGGCUUGCAAGAGUUCUAGGCCAUCCUUCUGGUUACAACAUGGCUCAAAUAAUGCUAAUUGAAGUGGGGGGAGGAUUCAAAAACGUCAAGAACCAGUUCUUACAGGGAUCCAUGCUCAAAAUGCAGCUGACCAGUUGUUGGCUGAGGUAUUUUGAGAUCUAACUCCUGGCUAGUCUUUAAUCCAUUUAAUGAGAACCAUAUUGAUUAUAUGUCAUUCUGGUUUCUAAAUCAAAAUGCCUUAUAAAAGCCUCAGAAUAUCAAUCCAAACUCUUACCAUUAUCUGCCAGCUUAUGGUCUCAUUUGAGCAAUCAAAUACAUUUGACAAACUGUCUUUUCUCUAAAUGUGUAUCAGUAUUAGUCAUAUUUACAUGUUUCAUUCUUUAUCAACUUUUUCAUUACUUUCCCUCUGACUUAGAAUUAUCCUAAUGAUCCAAUUUAAUAAUUUGAAAUAUUGACAUAACAGUAGUUUUUUCUAGUCCUCUGGAAUUUCUCCACUGUAUCAACAUUGAUUACAGUAGCCAGACAGAUGUUCAGAAUUUCCUGGUGGGAUGUUCAGAGAAUUCCAGCUGAAAUAUCUAGGAUAGAUAGCAGCUGGCUGCCAUUUAACACUGUUUUGGGAUUAAAGGUUGAUAUAUUAACUUCAUAACACUGGUGCAAGAACUGCAGUCAGAACCACCGUAGUGUCUUAAGUCCUUCUUUCCAAAUCUCUAUCCCUACAUUUAAUUUUUUUGGGUUGUUUUUGGCCAUGUUAGCAUCCCCAGAGACUGGAAAGGGAACACUGCAAGCAUGUCAUAUAUGACACUGAAAAAAUGCUGAAGAAAAAUCUCACUCAUUACCACUUAAUUUCCUGAACUUCCAGGAGUUUCAGUGAUGCUGAUGAACACAUCCUUAGUAUGAACCUAAUAAAUGCAGGAAGGUUCAUUAGUUAAUUCAUUCAGAAAUUAACUAUACAAAGGAAGAUUGCAUAAAAGUUCAAAAAACAUUACUGCUUCUCUGAAUGUAAAUAGCUUAAACUUACUGUGAUAUCUUUUCAUAUAUAUCCAGAAUGGGUUGAGUCUGCAUUGAGCUUAAGGUUUUGUGCAAGCACUAGGGAGUAGAUGAGGCAGAUUAUGUCAUCAUGAAGACAGCAAAUUCAUGAGAAAAGUACCAAGCUCAGAGAAAAACACAGUAAAAAAUAGCAAAAUCCCUUUGAAAAUUGAGUGAAAAUUAGAUUGUGUAAAUUUUGUAACAGAGAAUUGGAUAUGAAAACAUAAAGAUUCAGGAUAAACAAGAGGGGUGGAAAUCAUAAUGGGGAAGAUGCCAGAUCAGAAUUUGGCUUUGGUUGAAGAGAUGAACUGAUGAAAACACAAGAUAAUAUGGCCAAGAUCAGAGGACUAUUCAGCAAGAGUCUGAAGGGAGAGCCCUCAGUACAGAUGGCUCUGUGAAGGUACACACAGAGGAUUGGUUUGUGUUUUUAUACCAACGAGUUGUCCCAGGGAGUUUUUUGGCGCUGGGCCUGAUGAUUCAAACCCUCUGUCUAAUCAAGAUCAAAUUAAACUACGGCUCUGGAAAUCUUCUCCCUUCUUCUGUCCUUUAAUAACAAUGUAAAUUGGGCAUCAGCAGAUUCUCCCCAUUCUAGAUUAUCUCUUCAGGCAUUUUUGAAGGCUGUCAACUCUCCCCAUGUCAUUAGAAUUAGGCAGAGCCCACACUCAGAGUGGUCAUUCCUUCAGAAGACUGCCAGGCUUCAGGAGAUGUUACAUUUGUUACAUUCUUCCGAAUAAGUAACAUUCCAAAUAGAUUAAACCCAUUAAAAUAAUGGGAGUAUAUCAGGAAUGUGCAAUCUAAUCCAAUAUCUUGCUAUUACUGCAGCAGAUGGCUGCUAGCCAGAAAUUUUACAUGUGAUGUAGACCAGCCUAUAGCAAUAUUCUAGAAAACAGAAUAAACUUGCUGUUUAUUCCACUGCUGUUUUCAAUUGCUGACUUCCUUUUCUACACUCAUGCCAAAAAUAUUAAAGGAAAUAUUUUUAAUUUUUUGUAAACUGUGGUUUAUCAGAAGCACGAAAAACCCCCAUUAUAUAUUAAAAAGCUUUUUACAUUACAGAUAAUUUGUUCAGAUGCUAAUCCACAUUAGGCCCAUCAGCAUUCAGAGAACAGGAUCCACCCAUCCAUGUCUCAUGGACUUUUAUACCCUCACCAAAACAAGGGGAUAAAGGAUGCCUCAUUACUCAGAUCCCUCACUAAUACAGGUAAUACAGGUACAGCUUCAAACCAGUAAGAAAUGAAAGUUAGGGAAUAGAAUCACUGUGGAUAAAACAUUUGAAAAAAUUCCAGUUAUUCUCAGGUAAUUAGGUUUCCUUUCUCCACAGGCAUCCCCCUUUAAGGAGUCAAAAUGCUGUUUUGGUUCUCUUUACACAAUAAGUUCAAUUUAAAAGAAUUAAUAAUAAUAACACUAAAAUAACAAUAACAACAACAACGCUAAUGAUGAUAAUAAUAAUAAUAGUAUUAACAGCAGGACUUUAUAAGCCUAAUUUUUUCAGGAAAAAUAUUUGUACUUAGGACCCCUCUUGAGUUUAUAUAUAAACUAAAUAGUUUAUAUAUAGUUUAGGAACUUAAUUUAAUUGCUCUUUUUUGGAAGGAUAAAAAUUGCUUCAUAAAGCAACUUCAGGGCAUUUUCAAAUCUUGUUCCAUUUUAUUUUACAUUCUAUAAAGACACACCAUUUCUCUCUCAAAGAAUGUACAGUCUAAACUGCCACACUAUAGAGAGAAAUGCAAUGUAGCUUAAUGUUGCAUUUACUUCACCACGAAUUGUAGGUAUCAUCUAUAAAAUGUUCAAGCUCUUUGUGCCAUAAUGAACUUCAUAAUUGUAUAGAGACUGUAAGAAUAAUUCAUUUUUGAUUGGAAUAAAAUUUAGUGCUAAGAGCUGAAAUUUGUCUAAAACUCCCUACUCACUUAAACUAAUUCUUUUGCUAAGUAUAUGAAUGACAUCAUUUUCUAAAGCGUCCAACACCUCCCAAUGUCUUAAGUAUGCACUUUCUUAAGAUCUAGAAAGGCCCACACAGCUUGACAAAUAUUUAAAAUACAACUAGCUUUAGCAAACUAACUUUAGAUAAUCAUAUUUUUUAAAAAACCAUUUUGGCUACUGCCUUUCCAUUUAUUCACAGUCUGACAAUUAGACAGAUUCUUAUCUCUGGCUAAGGUUCAAAUCUUGUCUAUUUUUUCAAGAGGAUUCUAGCUCUCUCAAUAAAUAAAAUGACUCUUUCUGGUGGGAGAUGAAUUAUGGGUCAAACAUAUUUAAAAUAAAAAGGUUUUAAUAUUUACUGAAAUAAAGGAGUUGAC